CCUCUCUAUCCAUAGAGCCUCACAUUACUGAGAAGAUAAUAUAGAAUGGCUGAAUCAGCAAACUCAAUCCACAACAGUGGCCAGAAAAAGUUAGCCGGCAAAGUUGCCAUAAUCACCGGCGGAGCCAGCGGCAUCGGCGAAGAGACGGCGCGUCUGUUUGCUCACCAUGGUGCACGAAUGGUUGUGAUUGCAGACAUCCAAGAUGACCUGGGUAUCCAAGUAGCAGCAUCCAUUGGCUCUCACAGGUGCAGCUAUGUCCGUUGUGACGUGACAGACGAAGACCAAGUCAAAAACCUCGUGGAUUCCACGGUCAACGCUCACGGCCAGCUGGACAUCAUGUUCAGCAACGCGGGCAUCCUCAGUCCCUCCGACCAGACAAUCCUCGACCUCGACUUCUCCGCGUACGACCGUCUCCUCGCCGUGAACGCGCGGGGCAUGGCAGCGUGCGUGAAGCACGCAGCGCGGUCGAUGGUGGAGCGGCGCGUGAGGGGCAGCAUUGUGUGCACGGCGAGCGUGUCAGCGUCGCACGGCGGCCUGCGGCGAACCGACUACGUGAUGUCGAAGCACGCGGUGAAGGGGCUCAUGCACGCGGCCAGCGCGCAGCUUGGAGCGCAUGGUGUUAGGGUGAACUGCGUCUCGCCGAGUGGGUUGACCACGCCGCUGACACGUGCCGCGCAUGCCGCGAUGGAGACGAAGGAGUUGCAGAAGCAGUACGCGCAGAGCUCUAGGUUGAAAGGUGUCUUUUUGACGCCGAAGCAUGUCGCGGAUGCGGUGCUGUUUCUUGCGUGCGGUGACUCCGAGUUUGUAACCGGACACGAUCUUGUGGUGGACGGUUGUUUUGACGGUGUUUAGAGUGUGUUUGGUUUUAGUUGAAAAGCUUCAAAUGUACGUUCAAGGAUAAGGAGAACUAAUAAUUUAGUGCCAACGAUCUGAAACGGUAAAAUAAACAAGUAUUUAGUUUUUUUAUUAGUGUUUACCAUCUUUUUUUCU